GAUCCUUUGGGGGAAUAUAUUCUGCCUUUUUAAUAUUUCCCAAAAUAUUUCUUUCUCUGGAUUCUUUCCACAAUUCAUAACAAUAUUAUAUAAGCAUGUAUGAAUAUAAUUACUAAUUGAUUCAAUGUGAGUUUUUAUUUCAACUCUCCACAAAUUGCUAAAAGAAGAAAUAAGGAAAUAACACCAGAUUGUGCAUACAGGAAAUGCUUCAGAAAAUAAAAAUGUUACAUAAUGGCAUGCACAUAAGUAUAAGCAUUAAGACAGACAUGCACAACAUUUAUAUUCAUUUUCAUGAAAACUAUUUCAAAAAUGUCAGACUGAGACCAAGAAGGCUUAACAGAAAAAAAAGUAAAAACCGAAACAGACAAGUUCAUCCAACAAGUGAGAAAACAAAAAGGUUGGUAUUCUAGACCACAAUCAGCAACUAGAGAAGCUACGUUAUGAGGCUAGCAAGUGGCAGUGUCCUUACAAUUUUAACACAGAAUAAGUCAAAGAAGUUUGCUUCCCUUUUCAUCAAGCCUCAAUAGAUGGUUAAAAAUAUAUAUCAUCAAUAGGUCUCCUUCUAGGGCAGGUACUUAGAACAGCAUGUUUUGCUAUCUAUCACACUAACAGGUUGCAGGUGCAGAGAUACUCCACUUACAAUAAUUGUUAGGCUAUUCCUGAUUGAGGGCCUAGUGUCAUUCUGAAAUACUGUUAAAUCUGUGUCCAAAAAUAACCCAGCUGACAGAUCACAAACAGAGGACAGGUGAAAUAAUGGAGCAAUUGAUAAUAGGGUAAGCAGACUACAAAAGGAACUGCAGUGCUGGCAGUGAACAGUAUGGCUGACAGUAUCAGACGUUGUCAGGUAAUGACAAUGGCAUAGGAAUAGCCAAAAUGGCCCAUACAACCUCAUUAAAGUUAUGUCCUGAAACCUAAGCUUUAAUGGCCAUGGAAGGCAGUUCCCAAUGCCUGAAAGGGAGGGGAAGUCUUGUAGUAGCCUAAUGGUCAAUAGGAACUAGUCCAAUCCCAUUAAUUACAUGAGGUAUUCUAGAUUCUGUUCAUUACAACCCUUAUUUAAAACAAUAGCUAAAAAUAUUAAGCUGCUUUAGCUGGAAAUGAGAAAAAGGCCCUGUCAUGAGGACAAAAUUAACAAAGAUUAUCAUGGCAUGUUCAACUAGAUUUGAGAACAAGACUACAGAAGUUCAGGAGUACAAAAGCCAAGUAUCCUAAUAGCCUUACCUGAUGGCUUCUAUAAAUUUAACUUCAAAGUUACCAUCUAGUACCAAUUGCUACUCAUCAGGGUUAAUCAUUCAGAGGGAUUACUUAUGAGUAACAACUUACUCCCAUGUAAUCAAAUUUCUACACCUCUUGUACGCCUAAGGAUACAUCAGGAGCUCAGCCUCUGGAGGAAGCAUGGAAGAAGGUGACUUGGCAUCUUAAGUAUUCUCUAGUGCUUGGCAUCUUCGGGCUCUACCCCAUCUUCUGACCUAGGAAACGAUACUAUAAGCUGAUAGCUCCCAUUUCACCUCCUAGACUAGUUUGAAAGACAACUUAUUUAAAAAUAUGUAAAUUACCCAAAAUGGGUGUUCUGAGUAUUGCAGUGAAAUUCCACCUGUGUAGAGGUGAUGUUGCUGGCAUCUAGCCAAUGCAUAAUAACAUCUUGCUUCAUUUCCUACUGAAGGAGAGCAGAUCUUAACAUUUGCAGGAGGACAUAAGUUAAAGGAGCUUCAUCCUACAACUCUCGUCCUAGCUAACAGGAUAGUGGCCAACAGACAAACUUGUCAAAGAAUUUCUUCAAGUUGUACCUCUAUCCCCCCAGAUUGUCUUGAUGCACUCACCAAGGGCACAAGCCCUCUUCACAACACUGGGAAAGACAAAAGAUUCUGAAUCUGGCCUAGGGCACAAGUAUUCCAUGAAGAAUUCAUAAAACAAGGUCGAGAGAAGUUGGAACAGACCAUCAAGGCCUCCAGUUCCAGGCUGUGCUCCUAUGUUGAAAGAGUAGCUGUUUUAAUGGACCAUUCCAGAAGCCCAGAGCAUAAUAGCCAGCCUUCAUCACCAAGUGACAAUAUCAACCUUGGACCAUCUGCUAAUCCCAAUGCCAAGCCAACUGAUUUUGACUUCCUAAAAAUAAUUGGCAAAGGAAGCUUUGGGAAAGUCCUUUUGUCCAAACACAAGUCUGAUGGAAGAUUCUAUGCUAUAAAAGUUUUGCAGAAAAAGUCCAUCCUUAAGAAAAAAGAGCAAAACCACAUAAUGGCAGAACGCAAUGUGCUCUUGAAGAAUGUGAAACAUCCUUUCCUUGUGGGACUCCACUAUUCUUUCCAAACCAAGGAGAAACUCUACUUUGUACUGGAUUAUGUAAAUGGAGGAGAGUUAUUUUUCCACCUACAAAGAGAGCGCUGUUUCCGUGAACCUCGAGCUCGCUUCUAUGCAGCAGAAAUGGCCAGUGCGGUGGGCUACCUUCACUCACUGAAUAUCAUAUACAGGGACUUGAAACCUGAAAAUAUUCUUUUGGAUUGUCAGGGUCACAUUGUUCUGACAGAUUUUGGACUUUGCAAAGAAGGAAUGGAGCCAGAAGAAACAACAUCUACUUUUUGUGGGACACCAGAAUACUUGGCUCCAGAAGUACUUAAAAAGCAGCCUUAUGACCGAACUGUUGACUGGUGGUGCCUUGGAGCUGUGCUUUAUGAAAUGCUAUUUGGCUUGCCUCCAUUUUACAGCAGGGAUAUGUCACAGAUGUAUGAUAAUAUCCUGCACAAACCACUUCAUAUUCAAGGAACCAAGACCAUAGCAGCUUGUGAUAUCCUACAAGGACUUCUUCAUAAAGAUCAGAAGAAGAGGCUUGGAGCCAAGACCGAUUUUCUUGAAAUAAAGAACCAUAUGUUCUUCGCUCCAAUAAACUGGGAUGAUUUGUAUAGUAAGAAGAUUACUCCUCCCUUUGAUCCUAAUGUGGCUGGGCCAGCUGAUCUACGACAUUUUGAUCCAGAAUUCACUCAGGAAACUGUUCCCAGUUCCAUCAUCCAAACUCCUGAUUUAGCUGCUAGCAGUUCCAGUGCAACAGAUGCUUUCCUAGGUUUUUCUUAUGCACCAAAUGAUGAAGAUUAAAGCAUCUCGUGUAAACAAGACUUGAGAAAUCCAGAUUUAACAUUAUUUAAAUAAGAGGAAGACAUCACAUACUAAUCUAAUCUUCUAACUGGAAAAAUCCAAACUGCAACUUUGAAAUACAGAGACUUAUAAUGUGAAUGUUCCUCUUCCUGAGCAUUGCCAAUCAUGGUAGUUAAAAUAAUUUUAUUUGACACAGCCUUUUACCAAAUGGAUGAGGUCCUAAGAAAAUGCAAGAUGUUUAAGAGAGAUUUAGUACAUUCUAAACAACUAAUUAUUUUGUAUUCACUUAUUUUAAGUUUGGGGCACUACCAAUUCAAACUAGUUGAAUCCAUUUUCUUAUUCUAGAUUUUAUGGCUCAUGAAUUUUUGAUUGCAAUUUGUUUUUCAUUGUGUAUGUUCUUGAAGAAAUCUUUCAAGUUAGUCAGAAAAGCUGUAACUACCUCUCCUUGACCCCAGUCCUCAUAGCUUCUAUGAAAUUGGCAUGGCAUUGUAUUCAUUCUUCUCAAAUCAGUUGACACCUCCAGGCUUCAUGUCAGGUUUAAGUAUUUCUUUUUAGUUCUGAAUGCACUGCAACAAAAUGUAAUUGGUGAAAACAGCAAGCCAUCCCAUCAUACAAUCUACUGGAUUCCAAAUGUCUUGCUUUAGCCUGGAAAAACUCCAGUAA